CGGAUGCCGAGUGCCUGACGGCCUGCCUGACGAGGUGUGGUCGAUCGUGAGUGUGAGCGAGUGCGGCGUCAAGUGGGAAAAGUUAUGUCUGCGUGACAGCGACACACAAAAAAAACUGAACGCCUCAGCCAUGCCUACCAUCGACGCGGCGAGGCUCGGCCUGCUAUGUUUAUUCUUCGCAAGCGCUGUGUGUGGUCAGGAGUGUCCCCGUGGAUGGGUGGACUUCGGCCAGUCGUGUUACAAGUUCAACCGCUCUCCGACCCGGACACGGGAUGGUGCCAAGGAGGCCUGCCAGGCCUACAACUGCGAUCUGAUCUCUGUGAACACAUUUGAAGAGCACCGUUUUGUCAUCGACUGGUUGCGAGAGCAUGACCCUCAGCAUCGGAGAUGGUUCACGAGUGGUUUUGAGAGUGGUGACAACGUGUGGACCUGGGAAGGCGACAACGCUCAGUUCAGCAACAUCGACAACCUCUGGCUGCCUCAGCAGGAUGGUUAUCUUUGGAAAUACGUCUCCUAUAACUUUUCUACUGAGCUGAACCGUUGGGGUCUGCAGAAAGUAGCACCGGGAGACGAACUGGCAUUCAUCUGUGAGAUCCCUAAGGAACGGCUGUUCCAGAUUUACAUCCAGGAACGACCUCUCGACUUUGGCUAUGUCCUGACCAACCGAGAGGAGGUUCCUCGGGGCCCUUACUUUGUCGAGGAGCCCGGGGAGUUAAUCUUUGACCUGAGCGGCCGCAGCCAGACCAACGACAUCUCCCUGCGCUGUGUGGCCGAGGGAAACCCGCCGCCCACUUACAAGUGGUUCAAGGAGGAGUACUCAAAUGACGAGCUCCUCCACAUUCACAUCGACCCGCUCUCCAAUGGUCGGUACACUCAAACGGAUGGGACCUUAACAAUUCAUAGCCCCGAUCAGACCUUAGACAGGGGCAAGUACCACUGCAUGGCUGAGAAUAAGUACGGCAGGGUCCUGUCUCGCUCGGUUUCUCUUGGUUUUGGCUUCAUUGGAGAGUUCAACAAAAACCGAGCCGGUGACAGCGGCAAGGAAUUCUGGGGAAAGUCGGUGUCAUGCGACCCUCCGCAGUUCAACCCGGCGGUGCACUACUUCUGGGUGCGCAACGCCUUUCCGGACUUCGUCCAGGAGGACCCGCGCGUGUUCGUGUCGCACGAUGGCAACCUGUACUUCUCGUCCCUGGAGAAAAACGACGAUGCAAACUACUCCUGCAACGUCCAGAGCCGCAUCUCCUCCACGGGUCGCACGGGGCCCUAUUUCCACCUUCUUGUUGAGCCGGCCUCAAGCGGCCAGAAGCUGCUCUUUCCCAACAACUUCCCGAAGUCAUUUCCCGAAGCACCACUGGCUGGCAAUGACGUGCGCCUGGAGUGCAUUGCUUAUGGAUAUCCUGUUCCCAAGUACAACUGGACCCGCAUUGGAGGCCCGAUGCCAGUGGGAGCGCAGAUCAGCUCACACGGACGUGUGCUACUCCUACCACGUGUGCGCGUCGAAGACCUUGGCGAAUACGUCUGCAUCGCCAGCGCUGACCAAGACAGCAUUCGCAAGGGUGUCACCCUGAGCAUACAGGCGAUACCCGAGUUCACUAUCCCACUGGAGCACCAGGUGGCAGACGAAGGCUCCCGACUCACGUGGACCUGUGAGGCAUUCGGCAUUCCCGAGGUGGAGUACCGCUGGUAUCGCAAUGGCCAAAUGCUCAAGACUGAAAGCAGCGACGACUUGCGGGCCCGGUACAAGGUGGACAACAACAUUUUGGUCAUCGAGGACCUCAACCGUGCUGAUGAAGGCAUGUACCAGUGUUCAGCCACCAAUUCUCUCGGCACCAGCUUUUCCACAGCGCAGCUGAGAGUCGUCACCAUGGCACCCAAUUUCGCAAAGUACCCCCUGGACACGGAGAUGUAUGCUGCCGAGGAAGGCAACAUCACCAUCCCCUGCCGUCCCGAAGCAGCCCCAUUCCCCGAGUUCACAUGGCGACGGAAUGGCUACACCUUUCCACUUGGCGGCAGGACGCAGGUGCUCAGCAACGGCUUCCUACGGAUUGAUCCGGUGCGCCGUGAAGAUGAAGGCAACUACACUUGCGUUGUCAAGAACCAGUAUGGCACUGCCAGCAGCACUGGUGCCCUUGUCGUGCUGUCAUUGCCACGCAGCGUGGAGUCCCCUCCCCCAAAGGUGGUGGCCACGGUGGGGAGCCUGGAGGAGCUGCACUGCCAUGCACUGGCACCGCACAUGCUCGACCUCUCCUACAUCUGGCUGCACAACGACCUGCGCAUACAUCCACACGAGUGGCCCCAGUAUGGCGUGGUGAAUCCGCCGUCGUUGUUGGCCAAGUGGGAUAAGAUCGCGGCCGCAAGCCUUAUGCUGGUUACCGGACCAGGCUACCUGGUCAUCUACAACGUGAGCUUCGCAGAGGCUGGUCACUACACCUGCAUAGCCAAGACAUCGGUGGGCAAAGUGUUUGCCAACACUGAGCUGCUGGUUCUAGGUCCCCCGGGUCCCCCCGGUGCAGUGCUGGGCCACUCAUUCAACGCCACUUCUGGCUUUGUUGAGUGGGCCGACGGCACUAGUCAUGGCAGCCACAUCACAAGCUAUGCCAUCGAAGGCCGUACCAACCACAACGGCAGCUGGAGGGAACUGCGGAACGUGACGUAUGCCCCAGCUUCAAAGCACCACACAUCAGGCAGGCGAGAGAUUGAGCUCGGCAAUGUGCUGUCACCGUGGAGCAAGUACGAGUUCCGGGUGAUCGCUGCCAACUUGCUCGGCGUUGGCCAACCAUCUGAUCCCAGCCCACAGUACAACACGGCCGUGGACCGGCCGUACAUUGCCCCGCGCAACGUUGGCGGCGGAGGGGGCAAGGCUGGGUCGCUCACUAUUACGUGGACGCCGCUGUCGCCGGAGGAGUGGAACUCACCGGAAAUCUGGUACCGCGUGUACUACCGACCAUCUGGGGACCGUAGCGAGCCGAGAAAGAAGGACCUCCGCAAGCUGGGAAACAUGGGCCUGUACGUGGUGCCUGUUGGCGAGGAAAACUACUUCUCACCGUACGAGGUUCAGGUGCAAGCGGUGAACGUGGUGGGCGAGGGCCCCAUCUCGGAACCAGAGAUUAUCUACUCAGCCGAGGGCAUGCCCCAGGUGCAGCCUUCAGGCGUGUAUGCCGUGCCACACAAUUCCACUGCCCUUAACGUUACUUGGACUCCGCUGGACAUCACCCGUGAGAAGAUUCGAGGACGCCUUAUUGGACACCGGAUCAAGUACUGGCGCAGCGACCUGGACCCACAGCUGGACUCCCUGAUUCUGCUCAAGCGAGGCAUCGAAAACUGGGGCCUCAUCGUGGGUCUGCAGCCCAACACGGAGUACCGGGUGGCUGUCAUGGCGUACAACGAGGCUGGAUCUGGCCCCGAAAGCGAGUUCUUUGUGGCCAAGACGUUCAAGGCCGCACCCCUGCGGCCCCCGACGAGCGUCAAGGUGCUCGCCCUCUCUCCCACCAGUGUGCGUGUCACGUGGCGAGGCGUGGUGCCGUCCAUAGAGGAGGAGUCUAUACAGGGCUACAAGGUCCGCUACUGGGAGGCAGACCAGGACCUCACGUCGGCCAAGGAGGUCUACAAGCAGCUCGAUGGCGAGGACCUGGAAGCCGUUGUGUCAGGCCUGGUCCCUGGCAAAGUGUACAAGCUCCGGGUGCUUGCUUGGAGUUUUGGUGGCGAUGGAAAGAUGUCCUCACCCCCUUGGGAGUUCCGUGUCGGUGAAGGAACAGCAUCCGCCUACAGAGGUGGUGCUCCUAUCACCGGCGGAAGCAUGCUGUUACUAUGGCUGGCCUUUCUCAUUACGAAGUUGUAGCAGGAGAGGGCAAGAGAAAUCGAUAUGCGGGUGGAGAGACUGGGUACCUGGAGUGCAAGGACACAAGCAGUUCAACACGAGCCUGCAAUACCUGUCGAAAGAAAAGCAGCAGAUAAUCUUCCCGCGCGUCUCCUGGACCGUGGGGCAAUGCCUGCAUGUUAUCAUCUCUCACACUGCGCACAAGAGUGAGCAGGAAGCAGCUACGCAGGCAGCUCAUCUGCAGCGUGUAGUUUGCACUGGCUUUAAAGAACAGCCCGGCGCGUUGGCUGCAGUGGCGUGGUAUACAUACUCCUGGUGGUCCAGACUAAACAUACCGGUGCCUGAAGCCUGAGUGAAAAGCACAGAGAGUGAACACUAGCUGUGGCACGAAUGACCUGAUUCGUCGAGUAAGCAAUUUUAUCAGUGAAUCAGAAAGGUGGGACACUGAAAAAACGCUGAAUGAAUGCUUCAAGAAAUGAUGUGAUAGCAGCAGUGUUUUUGUUUUUUUUUAAAGCAGAGUCCAACUGCUUUUUUUUUUUUGCCACUGACUUGCUGAAACCGUCAUUGCUUGACGCGCUGUUUGUGUUACAGUGGCCUAAUUGUGUAACAUCUUUUUUCCCAAUUCAUUACUUCUGCCCUUUGUCACCAGAAUUGCCAGCUCAGCAUCUCAGCGUGACAGAGCACACAAAAAAAGGUAAUGAAUAGAGUCAAAAGAAAAGGACAGUUACAAAAUAUGGCACCUGAUCGCUGUACCACUUCAGUAGGUGACUCAUCGUCCUGCCGCAUCACAAUGUCAGUGAAAAGGGAGUUCUAAUUGCAAGUGUCUCAAGCUAGGUAACACUGGCUUGACAUGGCACCAUGAUGGCUGGCUGUUUGAAGUUCAGCCCCAAGGUACAUGGUUGUGUGACUGGGUUUGUGUUUGAUGACCAUUGCAUUCUUCUUUUAAUGAAUCUCACACCACGCAGGCUGCUGAGGGAAAUAGAUUACUGCAAAUUCUUUGUGUUCUUUUGUACAAGUUGUUUUAUUGUUGCAAAAGUAAGGAGUGUCGAGGCUGAUUUCUCGGGCGUGCACAUAGACAGUACCUGCAGGUACUAAUAUGAUGUGUUUUCUGCUGUUGCUAAAUCAUUAGCAACCAUGACAGUGUGGUAGCUACAGGAGGCCUACAACCAGGCCUUUGUGCACUGUAAAUGUAUCUUUUAUAUUUUAGCCCCUGUUACAGUCGAGCCGCUUUAUAUUGAACUUGAACACUUGGAAUUGCCUAUAUUUGACACUGGAUAUGAUGCCUGAAAAAAAGAAAUUUCACAUAAAAACUUAGGAGCAGUGUGUGUUUGGAUCGAACUUCACAGGUCAGACAAAUUCAUUCAUUGAAAACCGUCUGCUGUACCGUGGCUUCCUGAAUGUGCUUUCCUUUAGCAUUUUACUUGUAUGUUUGCGAUGCCUCGUUUGUCCACUAUCACUUUCCGCAUGUGAACUUUUUUUCUGCAUGGCAUUAUGGCAUUAUGCUGUAAUUUAAUUAGUAGUGACCUCUUUAUUGGGAAUAAGAUGCUUUUGUAGCUAGUAUUGUGCCUUGCGAGGGCUGGCUGUAUGAUGUCAUGCUUCCUUUUAGUUCUUCUUUUGUUGUUUCUUUCUUCUUUUUUUUUUCCCCUCCUAGGCUGAAGUGCUUAGUUUUCAUACAGGUGAUCCUCUCUGUCGAGUGGCAUCCCUUGGCAGACUUUCGGGUGGCCAUCUGUGCUGAACGGUGCACAUGGCACUAGAUGUGUGAAGGAAGCAACCUUCAACAUGCAGCCUAUGGUUGCCUGGCAAAUCUACAGUCUUUGUCGAAAGUAUACAGGCUAUUCUCUCUCCCUCCGUCACAUACGUAGUUUCUCUGGCACUCCUCCUAACACUCCAGAGCUCUGAAUAGUAAGCGCGAAAGGUCUCUUCACUUUCCAGGAUUUGGAAACCUUUAGCAUGCGACAAGAACUCCUUUAAGCAGCCUGUUGUCGUCAUGGUGGUCGCAGGCAACGUAAUAGCCCGUACACCUUUGACAAAGUCUGUACAUUGGCAUGCCACACACAGCCAUCUGAUCGCACUUCUCGGAAUGCAUGAAGUGUCCAUUAAAGCUUUGCAGCAGUAUGCUUUCAUGUAUUGAGUCUCUCGUAUACAUGUCAAAUAAUUUGUGAUCUCCUUGGAGUUCAAUAUAUUCGGGCUCGAAUGUAGGCAUUGACAUAAUUUAUGAAAUCACGAGUAAAAAACUUGAAACUGCAAUUUUUUAUGAAUCUCAUCCCAGUGACAUCUCUUUGAGUAUUUUAUCUCGCUGUUUCUUGUUAUUGCAGCUUUUCAGCUUUAGCAGUGGUGUGUAACCCUUAACUAUGCGCAGUAUCUCAAAGACAGGUUGGCAGCAGCGUAUUUUGAAUCUCAUUUCAACAUAUGAGCAGGUUGACAUGUUUGCAAGAAUUUUCAUGGUUUUAGUUGUACAUUUUGUGCAGAUGUAAUUUUGGAACCGUUCGCCCAAAAGGGAUUCAAGUGUUUGCCGAUGGUGUUGAAUCUCGCCCUUUUUAGGGUUUGUACCCUGCAGAUGCAUCUGUACCACGUAUAUUAAGUUAUUUGCUGAGUCAAAGACUCUGCAGAGAGAGAGAGAGCUGGACAGAUAACCAAGAUAAGUACAUAGCCUAGGUCGCUCGAUAGAUGCCUUUUGUUGUUGCAUCACGACAUCGCGACGUUGGCAAGGCAGGUAACAAGCCCAGUGGCAUUCCUGCUCCAACGCUGGCGAUGUGUUUCAUAAUGCACUUCUUAUCUUGCCAGUUUUUCUAGUACAGUCAUCCUUUCUCACAACCGUUGUACAGACAAUGAUGUUGGAUUCACAAAGCUUGCUCAGCCACGUAUCAGCCUGACAUUGGCCCUACUUUCUGUAUUAGAGGGGCAUUGCCAACGUGCAAGACCUUCAGGUAGCUAGCGAUUAGCCUAUGGCAAAAGAGUUUGUGAUAAUUUAGGUCUGAAGUUUUGUGAUGAAGCCAGAUAGUUUAAAUCUCACGGACUGGCUCUUCUUUACUGCUGUUUCAGGCUGCUGUCACUUCCUAGUAUUGCAAGCAGUGUGUCAUUGUUUUACAUGGCGUGCUUUUAGUUCUGUACACUUUUUAUCGCUGUACUUUGUCUUGCGUAUGUAGGGCCUUUUUGUUUUAUUUCUUGCAACACCAAUCUGCUCGAGAAUUGUAUUAUUCGCAUGUCUUUCGUAAAAAGGAGAAACCACUCAGUUCUGCUAGGGGAUUGUGCCCUCGAGGUUAUGACAUGUAGAUGGGCCUCAUGAAAUGUGUGCCAGGUGUUUUAAUGUCAGAGGUGCAGGAUUUUAGUUAUACUUCGAUGCUCGAGGUUGUUGGAAGUGUUCGUUUAUGUCUUGUAGGAUACAUAUUGAAGAGGGUUUAGUGGUUGUGGCUGUGAGUAAUGUUUGAUUGGUGCAGUUUCCAUCGUCAACUUCCGUCCUGGUUUCACGAAACCACUAUCUCUGCAGCUUCUGGAGAUCGAAUUCCAGUUGUCUCUUUUUUUUUUCUUUAUGUCAGGUGUUCAUACUGCAUUUUAUUAUUAUGCAUGCAUCAUAAUUGCUGCAGAAAGCCAGCCUCCAAGGCAUUUCGCAUUGGUUUGUUUAACAGGCUCGUCAGCCACACUAUAAUCUAAAAGUGUGAACCAGUUAUUAGAAAUUAGAAAAAGGCAGGUUAUUUUACAGAAGUUGAUUUAUUGUUGCCAAAAAAAAAUAAAAGAAGAAAAAAACACUAGUAGGCUAAUGAGGAAUGUACGACUCAAACAUUACAGUGAUUGUUUCGACACACUAGUGACAAAUGCAAAAUUUGGUCAUCGGCUUGGUUAAAUAAAUAUUAACACUAAUUUUAUCAUUGUCAUCAAAAACACUUCUCAUCUAUCUGAUAGUUGACUAGCAAGGACGUUUUUAACAUUCCAGAUGGCCAUAAAGCCAAUGAAGAAGUUUUGUCCUUGCAGAAUUUAGUGCACCUGCCGCACAAUAUGUAUAAAAGUCAUUUUAAGUAAAUGAGUUAUCUCGUACCUCUAAUGAAACUUAAAAAAAAGGCAAAAUUAAAGCUUCAAGCUAUGUUGAUUACAGCACUGGCUUAUUGCCUGACAGUAACAGUACCUACUAUUCCUAGCUGCCUGAUUGGCUCAACUUCGUUUGCAUCUGAAGUUAGUUGUGUAAAAUUACCUUCAGUUGAGUUAGUGUGAUGGGAAUGUGACAUUUUGCCAUUUGUGUAGUGUACCCACCUGUUCAUAGUGGGACGCUGCACAAGCUACCUGUUGAUGCACUGCCACUAAGUGACUUUUGUCAUUCGACUGCGUAACUACCUUGCCUUUAGAAGUGUGUGUAAGAAGGUCUUAAGUGUGUCUGGAUCUACACUUAUAUUCAUUCCUAUAUUCUGAUGUUAUUGAGGUGGAAUUUGCCAUUGUAUCAUGUUCAUUUCCUUGUGUCUUUUAUUUGUCAUUGCUUUACGUCUUUUUUACUGAUGAUGCUUUGUAUCUGGCAUACUGAUGUUGUUUUAUGUCUGACUUGCUGAUGUUGCUUUAUGUCCGACAUGCCGAAAGGGUUGACAUAAUGUUUACGAUGUUGCACCAAGAGCCGUCUCUUGAUGUUUUAGGGAUACUAUCAUUAUUGAGGAUGUGUUGUCUUGUAGCUUUUAAUUGAUCCCGCCGUCGUGAGCCGACUGUAACUGCCUGAAGUGCUGCAGUGCCUCUUUCAUGAAUUCUUCAGGCUAGUGACUGUGCAAUGCAGUAAACUGUCAUUGUGAGCUGUCGUGACAUUCUUAUAAAUGGUGUGGCAAUAUAUUUACUAGAAAUUCAAAUGGGCCAAAAUGAAUUAAAGGCCCGUGUGUGACUCUCAUGCCAGUAAUUAAUCCUACCUCUGUAAUGAAUUACUCUAGCAGCAAAUUGGAGACUUGCAAUGCAGUUUGAUCACACUUAUGUAAAUGCAGCUGUCAUUUCAAUCUAUAACCAGUGUACCGAGUGUGUGUAGUUGCUCUUCUUUUUUUUUUUAUGUGAGAUUGGAACUUUGCCAAGCAAAGUUGCGUCUGAAUGAAUAUGCAACUUGUCAUUUUUUUACAACUUUUUUGCUUGUUUGUAUUGUAGAGGAAAAAAUAUGAAGUGUGUUUCUUGUAAGUGCAUUGAAAACAUUCCAGAGACUAUGCGCAAUUUGUCCAAACAGGUUUCACAUGUACAUAUGGCAAUACCACUGUGUGGAGGAAUGCCUGAUAAUAAAAGACAACAUAUUUUUCAAC